AUCGAGGAAAAUGUCCGCAUCUUUAGUGAUUCAUGAAAAUAAUUUCAGCCUUGAUUUCACGGUUCAAGAAGAAGAAGCGGCGAUUUAGCAUUUCUUGUUGAAGUCGACUCGUCCGGUCCUCUGUCAUGUUUGGAACCUCAACAGCGUUUGGCUCCAGCUCCUCGGGUGUUUUCGGCCAGAGCAACACUGGAUCACACAACCCGAUGAAGGAUAUUGAAGUCACGUCCCCUCCGGAUGACAGUAUCAGCUCGUUGCGAUUCAGCCCGGCUUCUAUCCCCAACACAUUCCUCAUCGCAGGAUCCUGGGAUAACAAUGUUCGCUGCUGGGAGAUCCAGAGUAAUGGACAGACGAUCCCCAAGGCACAACAAACCCACACAGGUCCCGUCAUGGACGUAGAUUGGCAUGAUGAUGGCACCAAAGUGUUCACUGCUUCCUGCGACAAUACAGCCAAGAUGUGGGAUCUCAACAGUAAUCAAGCCAUUCAAAUUGCUCAGCACGAGGGACCUAUAAAGUGUGUCCGUUGGAUCAAAGCCCCCAACUACUCCUGCGUCAUGACCGGCAGCUGGGAUAAAACGAUCAAGUUCUGGGACACCCGGACACCCAACCCUAUCCUCAGCAUCCAACUUCCUGAGAGGUGCUAUUGUGCUGAUGUGAUGUAUCCAAUGGCGGUGGUGGGUACAGCGGACAAGAACAUCAUUAUUUACCAGCUUGAAAACCAGCCUUCAGAAUUCAGACGUAUGGAUUCACCAUUGAAAUAUCAGCUGAGAUGUGUUGCCAUCUUCAAGGAUACCAAGAAGAACGUUCCGACUGGGUUUGCCUUGGGGAGCAUCGAAGGCAGAUGUGCAAUCCAGUUUGUCCAGGCAGCAAAUCCGAAAGACAACUUCACCUUCAAAUGUCAUAGGACUAAUGGGACCUCAUAUAACAGCCAAGACAUCUAUGCAGUUAACUCAAUAGCAUUCCACCCAGAGUAUGGUACACUGGCCACAUCAGGUUCCGACGGCAAGUUCAGUUUCUGGGACAAGGACGCCAGGACAAAAUUGAAGACCUCGGAACAGAUGGAACAGCCGAUCACGUGUGGUGCUUUCGACGCCAAGGGCCAGAUAUUUGCCUACGCUGUCAGCUACGAUUGGUCAAAGGGACACGAGUUCUACAACCCACAGAAGAAGAACUACAUCUUCCUGCGAGGAAACGCCACCGAAGAACUCCGCCCAAGGAAUAGAAGGAGCUAAUGUCAUAGGUCAGUGGGCGGAAACCAGACUGUCCCUUGGGGGUCAAAGGUCGCGGAAACGAAGAGUAUUGGUGUCCCUGUAGCGGUAAGGAGCGAAUGAGAAUGAGAAUUGGGUGAAAAGUGCUCAAAGAUUACUGUGAUGAUUUCAUAAGUAUUCAAUUCAUUUGCAUCGUUGAUAAAGCCACAGGCAGGUUGACCUGUGAAUUGGACCACAGAUUGACCAAAUAUAUCACCAACCAAUGACUUAAGCCCGGCACACACUAUGCGAUUCGUUGUGAUCGGAUUUUCAAAGAAAAUAUAAUUACAUUUUAUAUGUACAUUCCAACCAAUGAAAUCUUAGCGAUCAGAGAUAAGAAUAGUGGUAGGACUACCAAAAU